AUGGAUUUGGUCAGAGCGGAUGGUAAACCUCUGUCAACCUUCCAAAUUGCUCGCGUCCUCAACAGAGAGCGAGUUAUUGCUGUGCCGUCACAUUGGACCAACCUCCACCUGGAUUUACUCGAAUGCUCUUUCGGUAGAAUUACCUAUGAUCAUCCCGCUGAAGAAGAAGAAGCAGGGCCCAAUAACUUGCACUUGCUCUUCCAGUCAUUCGCCAAUAUCAACGCUUGGAAGCGAGCGCACUCGGUACCUCACCUCAUGUGCCAAGACAAGAAAAUCUACACGGGCGACAUAUUAGCCCUCUUCUUUGAAGGCAAGGUCGUGGAGGUGUUUCCAUGCACCACCUUUCAUGCCCAGCCUGUCUCCAAACACGAACGCUCCCCACCGUUCGCUGUUUAUGUGGACGUAAAGACUCUCCAGUGGAUCCGAGAGGACUAUUUUGAGCCCUCUUCGAUUUACGCAGCGACUGCUAAGAUUGCACAGUCCCUCAGAGACAUCAAGAUCAAGAAGGCAACACCCGAAAACCCGAUGCACGACCCAUACAUCCCUGCGCUCUUGAUCGCUAUGGCACAAGAGCAACAGGCAUCUGCAGCUGAUCUUGAUUCACUCUCCGAUGUGAUGCGUAUGACAUUUCAACCAAAACUCAUUUUGUCAAAGCCCAGGUCCGAUUUUGUUUACCUCUAUGAAACAAACAUCAACUCCAUGUUUCUGUGCAAGUUUAGCGACCCGGGCGUGAAGCCACCAUACUCAACGAGCAUGGAGAUCCGCAUUAGUGCCAUCCCAGUCAAACCCAUCCACACUCUUGGUCGCCGCCUCCAGGAGCUUGUGCUUCCGUAUUAA